AUGGGUAGCGUCACCUUCAUCCUUACAAUCAGAACCCCCGGCCAGGCUGCUCCACCCUACGACGCAAAGCAAAUAUUUGACGACGAUACCGGCUCCGCUGUCAUGAAAUGGAUGGCCUCGGUGGAAUCCGAACAGUUGACCAUGGCCGGCAGUGACUUAUUUUCCAUUGCAGAAUCAGUGCCCAUUAUACCCACUGAUCCUCAGCUCACCGAGAACCUUCUUUCAACCGUCCGAGCCGGUAAAACAAUGGUUGCAGAGUUACUGCUAGAUCGAAUUGACGUCAAUUCUCGGAGUUCCCGAGAUGGGCGGACUGCGCUCUCUGUUGCCGCCGAACAUGGCAAUGCCAACAUGACCAAAAUGCUCCUUGACCACGGCGCUGAAGUGGACAUGGCUCAGUUCAGUCGAAAUGUGUCCGAGGGAUUGGGACCAGACUGGAUUGGCGGGCGCACCCCGGGAGCAGAUCCUGACCUCGGAAUGUUAGAAAACACUACUGCUUUGCAUCUUGCAGCUGCUGAAGGCUGGCUGGAAGGGAUAGACCUGCUCCUGAAGAAGGGUGCCUCAAUUAAUGCGCAGGACGCGCUCCUCCUGGAAACGCCAUUGCAUAAGGCGGCCCGCAAUUGCCAGCUACAAUCCUGUGAGCUGCUGCGCGCACAUGGCGCCAAUGAAAAACAACUGAACAUUGAUGGACUGGCCUACCAGGAUAUCUUGCAGUAUGCGCAGGACUACCCGGAUGAUUGGAAUGUGCCCCAUGUCCGAUUCUGCUUUCUCAGCGAGGAUGUCUUUCUUGUCUCGCGUCAUUGUGUCACCGGCGCUCACGCCGUGGCUGUCCGAGCGACCCGGACCGACACGGCCGCUCCUGCUGUGCCCGAAACCGCUCCUGCCAACGUCGUGGUUGUCAUUCCAGUCCCGUCCCCAGCCCUGAUAGUCGCCGAAGCCUCCGGCGGCUAG